AUGGCCUUCUCCCAUUUUGCGAUUCUGGUGCUGAUUGUGGCGGCAGCGGCGGCGCAAAUUGCAGCCGCAGGUGGUAGGCGGCUGAGGCCGUGGGAUCCCAUUAUCCGGUGGCCGGUGGGCGGCCGUGAACCGGAGGAGAACGGUACCAGGUGGGCGGUGCUGGUGGCGGGUUCGAACGGGUUUGGGAACUAUCGGCAUCAGGCCGAUGUUUGCCAUGCUUAUCAAAUACUUAAAAGGGGAGGUCUAAAAGAUGAGAACAUAGUAGUUUUCAUGUAUGACGACAUCGCAACGAACGAGCUGAAUCCAAGAAAAGGAAUUAUAAUCAACCAUCCAACUGGUGAGGAUGUGUACGCGGGCGUUCCUAAGGAUUACACUGGCAAGCAAGUCACUACAGAGAACUUGUACGCUGCUAUCUUAGGUGACAAACGUGCUGUGAGAGGUGGAAGCCGAAAGGUCGUAAAUAGUAAGCCGGGCGACAGAAUAUUUUUAUACUAUUCUGAUCAUGGCGGCCCAGGUGUUCUUGGAAUGCCAAAUAUGCCUUUCCUUUAUGGUAAAGACUUCAUCGAUGUUCUAAAAAAGAAACAUGCUUCCGGGACCUACAAAGAGAUGGUUAUAUAUGUCGAGGCAUGUGAAAGUGGAAGUGUAUUUGAAGGUAUGAUGCCUGAUGAUCUGAACAUCUAUGUUACAACAGCGUCAAAUGCAGAAGAGAGUAGCUGGGGAACCGAGUCCCAUAACCUCCGAAGGGAAACCGUCGAGCAGCAAUAUCAGCAGGUCAAGGAACGCACUUCCAACUACAACACGUACAAUGCGGGAUCUCACGUCAUGGAAUAUGGGAACAAGAGCAUCAAAUCCGAGAAGCUAUAUUUGUACCAAGGCUUUGAUCCUGCAACUGAGAACCUUCCUCCGAACAGGAUCGACAGUAAAUAUCCAAUGGAUGUCAUCAACCAACGGGACGCAGACCUUCUCUUUCUCUGGGAAAGGUACAAGAAACUAGAGCACAGUGGACAAGAUAAAGAAGAACUUCUCAAGCAGAUAAUAGAUAUGAUUCUGCACAGAGAACAUCUCGAUGGCAGCAUGGACAUAAUUGGCCUCGUUUUAUUCGGUUCGGAAAGAGGCCCGUCUGUUCUCAAAUCCACGAGAGGCCCUGGUUUGCCACUUGCAGAUGAUUGGGAUUGUUUGAAAUCAAUGGUUCGGCUGUUUGAGGCGCAUUGUGGUUCGUUGACUCAAUACGGUAUGAAACACAUGCGGGCCUUUGCUAACAUUUGCAAUGCUGGGGUUUCGUUGGAUAGAAUGGAGGAAGCUUGUAUGGCUGCGUGCAAUGGGCGAGACUCGAUUAAAUGGGAUCCUUCAAACGGUGGUUAUAGUGCUUGA